UCUACGCCUCUCCUACGUCCAAAUAGGAUGAGUCAGAACCAACCCCGGCGGCCUGGUCAGAUCCAGGAGCGGCCGGCAAGAUGCGGCGACGUGUUACCGGUGGCCGGAGGCCACGCCGGCGAAUCCAUCACCCCGAGGGCCGCGGACAUGAUGCCGUCGGCCGAGAACAGGGUGCUGGGGCGGACCCCCAACGACGGCCCCGCUUCCGGCAUGGAGUCGGCUGCCACGCGGAACAAACAGCGUGGCGUCGUGAGCAAUGCCCCCGGACUGCAGGACGUGUCCGUCACCCAGACCGACAUCCCCGGCAGCCCCGGCCAACGCCUCGUGACCAAAUUCGUCGCCGGCCAGGCAGUGGGCCAGUAUGUGAUCUACAGAGGAGAGGGAGGUGACGACCAGGGUGGCGGUGGAUGCUCCGUGGCGAUGUGGACGGACAAGGUAACGAUCGGGGAGGCACUGGAGGCGACUGCCACGACCGCCGGCGACAAGACGGUCGAGGCGAGCGACGCCGCCGCGAUCCAAGCUGCCGAGGCGACCGCCACGGGCGUGAACGCAGUCAUGCCGGGCGGUGUCGCCGCAGCUGCGCAGGCGGCUGCCGCGGCCAACGCCUCGAGGGAUCGCAACGACGACAAAACCAGGCUCGGCCAAGUUGUCAAGGACGCGGCGUUAAGGCUGCCGGUGGACAAAGUAGCGACGAGGCGGGACGCGGAGAGGGUGUUGGCGGCUGAGAUGCGGAACAACCCCGACCUGCUAACGUAUCCGGGUGGGGUUGGCGCUUCCAUGGUCGCGGCGGCAAGGCUUAACCAACAACGUUGACACCGCUCGAUCACUUUCCUUCUUUUCUGCGUCUCGCAGUGGAAUAAAAGCUCUCGAGUACUCCUUUAAUGGCGUCGCUUUGAUCACCGUGCCAUAGCUGACCUUUGGUCUCCGAGAACUUUUGUUGCGGUAUUGUUGCCUCCUACCGGUCGAUGCACUCAAUCUUGCGUUUGGUCGGGCCCAAUCUGGACAUCGGGCCUGGCUUUUCUAAUGUUGACCUUCGCGUUGUCCGAUCAAGAAAACAUAAUGCAAGAUUGUUGCAUGUAGAAGACAGGAUCAAGAAUUAAGAUAUAUUUUGCUGUGGAAUA